UUGAUCACAACAACAUUUGCAUAACCUCCAAUUUUAGUAAACGUGAAUAUGAAAUUCAUCAAUUUAUUGAAAGUUAUUUCCAUCGUACCCUCACAAAUUGCACGAUGUUACUCCAAAGAGGUUCCCAAAGCGUUGCGCAGUCUCAAAGCGAAAUCGACUCGGAACACCGUACAAUACUACAUAGAUUCUUAUAGGAUUCGAGCAGUGGCCGGCAAUGGAGGUGAUGGAUGCAUUUCGUUUCUCAGUGCCUGGUGCAAGGACCAGGCCGGGCCCGAUGGCGGAGACGGUGGUCAUGGCGGCCACGUUAUUUUUAAGGCUACCCACUCUGUGAAAAGUUUAAAUCACUGUAAAACGGUGACGCAAGCAAAGCAUGGAGAGAAAGGUUACAACAAAGACUGCAACGGGAAAAAUGCAGAACAUGUUGUUGUACCUGUGCCGUUGGGAACAAUCAUUAAGGACCAAUCAGGGAGGAUGGUGGCAGAUUUGAGUACGGAGGGGGUGAUGUUUGUGGCGGCGCGGGGGGGCGCCGGCGGGAGGGGGAAUAAGUUCUUCCUGAGCGAUACUGAACAGGCCCCGGACGUAGCGGAACUGGGCGCUCAAGGCGAGACCCACACGUACACUCUGGAAGUGAGGUCCAUGGCGCACGUGGGGCUGCUGGGGGCCCCCAACGCGGGCAAGAGCACGCUGCUCCGCGCGCUCACCAGGGCGAGGCCCACAGUGGCGGCGUACCCUUUUACUACGCUCCGGCCGCAUAUAGGUAUGGUGCCGUACGAUGACUAUGAGCAAGUAGCGAUAGCCGACCUACCGGGUUUGAUUCCCGGUUCGCACAAGAAUUAUGGACUCGGUAUUCAGUUCCUGCAGCACGUGGAGCGAUGUCGCGGUCUCGUCUUCUUGCUGGACGGGGCGGACGAGCCUCGUCGGCAGUACGACACGCUGAGCCACGAGCUAGCCCAGUAUAGCGAGCAGCUGGCGAAGAGGCCUCAGUGUGUCGUCGUCAAUAAGAUCGAUCUACCCGAAGGCAAGCGGGGGUUUGAAGACAUGAAGAAAAAGAUGGACGUGAUCGGAAUCUCCGCCAAGACCGGCCUCAACCUCGCCGAAUUGUUACGGAUCAUUAGGGUCAUGUACGAUGAAAACAGCUAAAAUAACCUUAUACUUUAAAUACAUACACUUUAUUACAACCUUUAUAAGUUACACCGAUUACUUGGCGGAAGUAAAAUUUUUGUAUGGCGCGAAAUUAUUUAUUGUGUAAGCCAAGUUUUUUUUAUUGAUGCAUUGUAAUUCCCGGCACAUACAUACAUACAUAUAAUUACGUCAAUAUCCCUUGCGGGGUAGACAGAGCCAACAGUCUUGUAAAGACUGAUAGACCACGAUCAGCUAUUUGGCUUUAAUAAUUAAGAUUCAAAUAGUGACACGUUGCUAGCUCAUCGCCUAAAAGUAGAAUCCCAAGUUUAUAAGCCUACCCCUUAGUCGCCUUUUACGACAUCCAUGGGAGAGAGAUGGAGUGGUCCUAUUAUUUUUUCUAUUGGUGCCGGGAACCACACGGCACAGUUCCCGGCACCAAUAAUAAAAAAAAAAGGCCCACUCCAUCUCGUUCCUAUGGAUCUCGUAAAAGGCGAAUAAGAGAUAGGCUUAUAAACUUGGGAUUUUUCUUUUAGGCGCAUCUUUUUUUUUCAAUAUUUUGCUGGAGGUAUUGUCAACAACAUAUGAAACUUACCAAAAUGCUGUGCUAACUCGACUCUAUUACCGGUUCAUAAAGUUCCAUGUAAAUUGACACAAUUAUUUUGUUAAAGUUAAAAUCGUAUUUGAUUUCUUACUGCCGCCCUGCUCGGGUUGACCCUAAUUAAUAUGUUUCGACCAAUAUCUCGAGUUAACGUAUAUUCUGUCACGGGAAUGUAUAAUUUUGUUAAAGUUAGAAGUUCUAAUUUCUACACAUUUCCAUUGGACAGAGUUUGUUUCCAUUUCGACUUUUCCUUUGUUACGGCGACAUUUUUUCUGUUGUGCUCGCAGUCUCUUCCUGUUGAUCUCCGAACAAUACGCGUCACAAAAACAACGUCGGGUCUUCCCAUACUCUCUUUGCGGAGUCGGAGUUUAUUGGUCAGGGCUUUUGGCUCUCUUCAAAUUCAAUUCAAAUUCAAAAUUUUUAUUCAUUAUUAUAGGAUACUAUAUAUCGCUUAAUAAUUGUCAAAACGUAUGGUUUAACAACAUUGGUUGACGUCAAAUUACUUAAGUUUACUGCCGCUUCCAAGGCGUCAGUGCAGAAGAAGCGGUAGCAAACUGCACUGCAGCAUUUUCUUCAACAACGUCAACUUCACAAUAUUAAUUAUACUUAGAAUAGAAUAGAAUCUUCAAUGGCAAUCUUCCUACGACUGUAGGCAGGUCGAUGGUUCGGCCGUGGCGGCCUGGGUCUUCACGUCUUCACUGGGAGUUCCCACCGGCGGCGGCGUCGUCACUGGUCGAUGACGUCUGCCGCAAGGCAGCGAGGGGAGGGUUCCACUCGAAGGUCCGGAGGGCGGGCGUGGAGCGGCGCGAUGCCGCGCAGGUGGCUGUGUGAUGACGCGUCCGCCCUCUCGAACAUCUUCGUGGCCAGCCGGGUCACGAAUGCGUCCAGACUCUCCCACUUCAGGUCAUAUCGUCGAGUUCUUCACCAGAGCCAGAGCCGCGUACGCGGGGCGGAAUCUAAUGUAGGUUUUGUAAAUCCCGAGUUUCGUCCUCAGGGGAACGCUGGAGGAAAGGACUCCCCGCAGUUUUCCCCUGGCUGCGUUGGUUUUCGUCACGUCUACGUCGUGUUUCUUAAAGGUGAGACGCCGGUCGAUGGUCACUCUCAAGUAUUUUACCUGCGGCCGCAACGGCACAGAUUCGCCGAGUAGUCACAGGGUAUCGGUUAGGUAGUUAAGGUUGUAGGUACACGCCUGCGAGCCCUAACCAGGUUGGCCGCAGCCGACACAGACAGCACGGAGUAGAGGCAGUCCCUACUCCGGCACACACCCUUCGUCUUUCCCCGGCGAAGAGAAGUCCUGAAGACGCCCAACUGCUCCUAGCCGGCGCAAGCCGCGCUAUGGACCCUCUACCGGUUUGCCUCGAAUAACUUUUAUAGUUCUUUCGGCUGCAAUGCCAAACCCCAAGCUUGCAGAGGAGUUCCGCAACUUCACCAAGGGAAUUCGGAUUUCCCGGCUUCUCCCAACCCUGACCCCCUGCCCGAUCGCGACCGCGACCAUUUCGGUGUCCUCCCCGUGGAGGAACCUCUCCCCCUUGUUUGUACCUACAACCUUAAUUACGUAACCGAUACCAGGGAUUGACUAGGAGUCGCUGCAAGAUCAGCUCUUUCUGGGCCCUGUGGGGUCCCGCCACCACCUAUGCACCAACCAACAUCUUUUUUUUGUUGUUGUUUCAUUUGACAAUUAUUAAGUGAUAUAUAGUAUCCUAUUAUAAUAAUGAAUAAAAAUUUUGAAUUUUGAAUUUUUGAGUUAUAUGGUGCGAAAUGUGGAAGAGGGCUUGUGAGCUCUUAUGCUCUUAAGGGCUCUGAGUUAAGGGCUUCCUGGAUGCGGAUAGUCAUGUCGGAGGCUGCCUCCUCGACGUCUUUGGCUGUUGAAAUCGGCCUGGUGGAAAAGUCCUCUUCGAGGGCAUUUUGGAAUGCCUCCCAGUUGGUCUUGCGGCGGCAUGUGAACAGCGAGACCCUGACCGGGGCACUGUCGACAAGGACGAGAACGGGCCGGUGGUCUGACGGCAAAUCGGGGAGCACCGUUUGUUGCGGCGCGGUUGGCGAUGGCGAGUCCCGCCGACACCCGUUCCGCGCAGGCUCAAAAUUUCGUUCAAAAUCUGGAUGUCUUCAUUUUGUGGGCGGUUUCCUGAUUCUUCGGCGUCGCGCAGCCUGAAGAACAGCGCCAUCCAGCUCUGGGCUGCCGCACUAAGGAGGCCGAAUUGAAUAAUGUUAGCUUACUCGCCGCCCAGAAAGCAAGGGCGUGGUCAUCAGUCGACUCCGCCUCCGGUGUCCUGUAAUCGUCCUGAGGGGAGUCAGGACGGGUUCGGACAGCACUGUAGCACAAAUUUUUCUGCAGAGCUUGUGGUCGCAGUGGCAACUGGCAGGAUCUUGCACCAACCAACAUCUUGUUAUAUGGUGCGAAAUGUGGGAGAGGGCUUGUGAGCUCUUAUGCUCUUAAGCAAAAAAAAGAGCAGUUGUGGCACUGCCCGAUUACUCCUUUGUUAUGUUUGCAUAUUAUUGUUUUGUUUUAUGGCUCCCUAGUGGAUAUGCUCAGAUUCCUUUUACCUUCUUUUCGCCGGGGAAAGACGAAAGGAUGUGUGCCUGGUAGUCCCUACUCCGUGAGAUCUGUGCGGUCUGCGCCCAACGUUGUUUGGGCUCGCAGGCGUGUAGGUACCUACAACUAUGGUACUCGAUGCGACGAUAGCUUCUCGAGACGAUGACCAGUGUCUUCGCUCCGGCGGGUGGGUGGCAGUAUACAACUCUCAGAGAUGUAUCAUCUAUACAUACAUACAUACAUAAAAUCACGCCUCUUUCCCGGAGGGGUAGGCAGAGACUACCUCUUUCCACUUGCCACGAUCUCUGCAUACUUCUUUCGCUUCGUCCACAUUCAUAACUCUCUUCAUACAAGCUCGGCGGUUUCGGGUACUUUUGACCUGACCCUUUACCAGGACGUCCUUAAUUAUCAUCUAUAGUUAAACGUUAUGGGUGGUUACGCCUCUGAGGGGGCCCGCCGGCGCGGGGAUGAGGGCGGCCAGCAGCGUCUGCAUCUGCUGCACCGUUGCGAGCCACCGGGCUCGCCCGCUUAUUCCUGGUCUCGCGCCGCAGCACCGGGCAGAAGGAGUGGUUCGCCGGGGACGGGUCACUGCAGUUGGCUCAGGUCACAGGCUGGUCCAGCGGCCGCUCGCAGUCGGCAGCUUUGUGGGGCCCGCCGCAGCGCACGCAGACAAUGGCCCGGUGGCAGUUCACUGACGAAUGCCGGAAGAGUUGACACCGGUGGCACUGCGCGAGCCCCUGUUUGCCCCUCCACAGACGUUUGACGGCAAGCCAGUGGAGGAGCUCCUUGAUGGCGUAUACCUCUUGGCAGUUCGGGGUUCGGGCCAGGAGGGUGGCCUCCUCCGUAUUCGGUGGCAGCCCACGGAUGGCCACUUUCAGUGGGCGGUCUGACGGCAGCGAAUAAGAGUGCCACUGGACGUUCAGGGUGGUCUCUGGAUCGUCCGAUACUCGCUUCCAUCUUUUGGCGUAAAGUGUACGGCUCGGCGGCGGGCGAGCGUGCCCUGCCGCAGCACCGGGAUGCAGCGCGCGGCGCGGGUCUUCCCUUGCGGGGGGACAGACGUGGCCCGCACCUCCGGAGGCGCUUCGAUGGACCCUUUCCAACGCGGGUCCCGCGGGUGCCACUUGGGAUGGCGUAUCUCCCGGCCGGUGGAGGUUUCAUCGCGACGGCCGUGACUGCGGCGGCCUCCGAGCCGUGGACCGACGCCAUCGUGAAGGCGCGUUUCAGCGGGCGGUCUGUGUCCAUUCCCGUCAGGUCCACGGCCCGCCGCAGCGCACGCAGACGAUCGACCGGUGACAGUUCACCGACGAGUGUCGGAACAGCUAGCACCGGUGGCACUGGGCGGGCCCUUGUUUGCCCUCCACGCCCCCACGCCCUCCCGCGCGCACAGCGCGCACGGAAGAAAUGGCGUCUUCCACUGCGACGUGAACUCGGCGAUCGGUGAGAAAAGAGGCCAAAACCCUGACCAAUCUUGGUGGGAUUGGGUCUCCGACAGCUUUAUAGCUGCCCCUCAUGCCAUACCCUGUCGAAGGCCAUUUCCAUAUCGAGGAAUACGGCAGCCACGCAUUCCUUCUUGUUGUGGCUUUCGGACAUCCUGUAGAGCUGUCUUGUAACCUGAGGAGCUUUUCUUCCUCGCGAGCGUGGAGGCAUUCCAAUGGACGACCCUCAGGGGAGCAUAUUCAAAUUUGAGGCUAUGCUUGCAUCCCUCUGAGGAUCUCUGCCAUCUGCUGCAUCUGUUGGCCCAGGAGGAGCAGCAUGGUGGUGGUGUCGGCAGUGUUCUGUCUGGGCUGCGCUGGUGCAGGUGCGGGCUGCACCCGCUCUGGGCCGGCGUUUGGUGGUGGAGGGGCUUCGGGUUUUCCCGCUGGUUGGGAACCGGUGGGGUCAGGCUUCUUUUUUGUGCUUCUCUUCUUUCUCCUGUUUGAGAGGGCAGCUCCCCUUUCGGCGGGCGGGUUUGCUGGCGCCAUCAGUGUCGAGGGCGCCGUCUCCUCGACCGUCGGCGCUGGCUCGAGUGCUGGCGUCGUGCGGGCGACUGUUCCGGCACGUUUGUUCCGCGCUUCCCGCUUGAAGACCUGGCACGCCGCGUUGUUGGCGGGGUGCGGGCCUCCGCAGUUGGCGCAGGUGGCCGGUACUUCAAGGGGGCGCGGGCAGUCACUGGCGGCGUGCGGUUCCCCACAACGCACGCACGCCUGAGGGCGGUGGCAGUUGUGGCUGCUGUGCCGGAACUGUUGGCAGCGGUGGCAUUGGGCCAGGCCCUUCUUCCCCCUCCAUGCCUCGAUUUUGAUUCCAGGCAUCAGCAGCAGUUCGUCAAUUUGGUAGACUGCCUGGAAUCCGGGUGUCUUUUUCAGGAGGCCGUAAAAGAUGCAACCGGGGCGCCCCCCCCCCCCGUGCUCGGAUGGUCUUUAAGACCUCAACUUCGUAGCCCUUCUCUAUUAGGGCCUCCUUCACGGCGUCCUCGGGGGUCUCCAGGGUAGCCACCUUCAGGCUCCUCUCCGCUGGCAGCGAGUACGAGAACCACGAUACUCGGCGGUCCAAGUACCGCUGUAUUGUGCGGUACUCGCUGAACGCUAGAUCUUCCUGCAUUUCCGCCUGACGGCGAAAAUAUGGGGCUGCUGCUCAGGGCUUGUGGCCCUCUUCAGCGACUUUCUUCGCUGCCUGCAACGGCAGACAGGUCGCGAGCGUGGCCGUGGCGACCACUAAUAAGGUCAUCCUCUUCCUGCGGGGUCAAAAGGCAUUGCAUUGGUGCUCGCUGCGAUGAUGGCUUCUCUUGGCGAUGGCCUGUGUCUUCGGUCCGGCUGCGAGGAGGUGCUCGCAGGGAAGGGAGGGAGGCGGUGUGGGUGGGCAUCUUCUUCGUCUGGGCGGUUUCCAGCUUCCUCGGCAUCACGAAGCCUAAAGAAGAGCUCCAUCCAGCUCUGCGCCACCGCACUAAGGAGGCCGCAUUGAAUAAUGCUGUGGAGCGUAAUGCAGUCACGCUCCACACCCCAACUGGAGCAAGAAAACUGCGAGCGACUUAUUUAUUACACAAUAUUCAUUAUUAACUUAAACAAUAUUCCGCAAAACUGUUUUAACAGUUUGACUGCGGUCAGUCUCAUUUAAAGUUACUAAUUUAACACAAUAAAUAAAAUAUCUAUAACAUGCAGGUAACAAUUUAGUUUUAAGCUUACAUACUUCUAUAGAAAUUGAGAAGUAAUUUUUUUUUGAGUUUUUUUCUUUCCUUCUUCAAUAAAACGGGUGCGCGGCUGCUCCUUUCCCCAGCGGACGCAGACAACACAGCGGUGGGAGUCGUGGGUAUUACUGACAGAACUGCUGGCACCUGUGACACUGGGCGGGACCUUUCUUACCUCGCCAGGCUACCACUUUGACGCACAGAGGAGCUCACUCGACUCAUAAAUAGCCGGGUUGGUCUCAGCUGUCUUAGGCAGCUGCUUGAAAAGAUGCAGCUAAAUUCACGUUCACUUGCUCGACGGGUUUGAUAGAGUAAAAAUCGCACUAACCCCGGUUACAUCGGUUUACUUUUAAUUCCUUCUUGAGAGUGAUCGGUUUAGCUUUACAAAAUUCGGUCAAGUUUGCUUGAAGACGGCUGAGCGGCGUUUUGGUCUGCACAUACAUAUUUUGGUCAACUUAUUUCUUGUAGGUCGAGUUGUAAAUUGGAUUUGGUUCAAUUUAUCAGAUACUUUAAUAUGGCAUCUUGUUUGUGUACCACAGUGAGUUCUGGGUUCAAAUCCCUGCAUUUUUUCUGAUUGGCAUGUGUCUUUAUCUAUAUACUCGUAAGAAUUUAUUAGUUAGUUCGAAACUUGUGUUACUACUAACUAGGGUACUAACUCAAAGAUAUAUAGUAUCUUUGAGUUAGUACCUCGUAACACAAGUUUCGAACUAACUUCGAGUCUCAAGUUAAUCUGUGUAAUUUGUCUAAACAAACAUAAAAAAAAAAUACUGCAUAGAAAGGUACUGAAAGCCUUAGUUGUCAGAUGGUUAAUUCAAUUUUCAGAAUACAGUUGUAGAAUCGGUUACUUAAUAAUAAUUGAAAACCUUGGUUAUCGGUUAGGUAGUUAAGUUCAUAGGACUCUCUUAGUGUGGGUUUCCGUCAUAUAAAUCUGUAAGACAGUAUAAUUUUCAUAUUGCACUCAUGAUAUUCUUUGAAGUAGUUUACAAAAAAACUCGAUAUUUUAUAGUGACAACCAUCACCUUGUAUAAAACUGAACCAAAUAUUUGUAUGUAGAUAUAAUUAUAGAUGAAAUUGUAUGUAAAUUUUUGUUAACAAUGUACAUAA